UGAGCAAAGAAGAAAUCAAAUCAAGGCCAUACCUAUUUGAUUACUGCGUACAGGAUUGCGAGAACUCGAAAGCCAUGGCGGUGGAAGCCUAUGCGCCAAGAAACUCUGAUCAAAUCCACACCGAUGUACUCUAUAAUUCCAGACUUGCUUGCUACAAAGCUCGUGAUGCUUUCUACGCUUGCUUGGAGAAGGAAUCGGGCAAGAAACCUUCUGAGAUAGGUUCUGUUGGACUUCUCUACCCAAUUGAAUGUAAAAGCUCUAGGAAAGAAUUUGAGAAGAAUUGUCGCGCUUCUUGGGUGAAGCAUUUCGAUAGGCAGUAUUGUAAGAAUAAAAGGACGCAGAGGCUAUUGGAUGAUAAAGAUGCAAGAAGAGGUCCAUUGUCUCUUCCACAGUCUUACACAUUCAAACCCACCUCCAGCUAAUAUUUAACCUUUCUGUUCCUGUUUUUCUUUCUUUUUGUUUUUUUCCUUUUUUUUUUUUUUUUUUUUUUUUUUUUUUUUCUUUUUUUUUUUUUUUUUUUUUUGUUAUGUAGUUGCACUUAAGGAUGCUUAAGUGCAUACGCUUUCCAUACUUUUUCAUUUUUAUGUGGUGUUAGAAUGUCUAUUGUUAUACAUAGUGGUAAUGGAAAGAAAUAAGUAGCAUUUUAUAUCUAUUCCAGUU